AUGGAGACCAAGAUCGUCAAGGUGUUGGAUAGUAGGUGUGAAGAUGGAUUUGGCAAGAAGAGGAAGCGCGCAGCGAGCUAUGCUGCAUAUGUCUCUGGAGUAUCCUCUGCUAAGCUUCAAGAUUUGCCCCCACAGUGUCAAACUCCUGACAAAAGGAGGAAAAUGGAAAGUGAAAACAAGCAGAAUCGCUCUGGGAAGUCGUUGGUCAGAUACUACACCUAUUUUAAGAAGACGGGAAUCGCUAAACGUGUGAUGAUCUACGAGAAUGGUGAAUGGAACGAUUUGCCUGAUCAUGUUAUCUCUGCCAUCCGAAAUGAACUAGGUGAAAAGAAGGCAGCAAUUGAGUUUGAGUUGUGUGGUCGUCAUUUUCUUUUGGAUUUCUUGCACAUGCAUAGGCUAGACUUGGAAACAGGCGCGAAGACCCCGCUUGCGUGGAUUGACAUUGCAGGAAAAUGUUUCUUCCCUGAAAUUUACGAGACUGAUGAAAGGCACGAUUGCUGCCAUAGUAACCGCGUGGAAGAUUCGAAACAGUAUGCUCCGCGUGAGAUCAAGCUGCGCCUUGAGAUUGAUGUUAAUGGUGGGGAGUCACCGAGGUUGAAUUUGGAGGAGUGCAGCGAUGAAUCCGGCGACAAUAUGGACGAUGUUCCAGCAGAGGAUAGCUCCAGCCGCAGGAUUGAAGCCGCAGUUUCGAAAUGGGAUGAGACGGAUGCUAUAGUAGCCUCUGGUCUCAAGCCGGAAGGACGUGAUCAAGACGCUGUUAAAAAAAUGUUUGUUCUAGGUACAGCUUCUCUUGGGCCUGUAGUUGUGCUGGAUGUGGGGCGUUUCUCCAGCGAGGUUGCUGAAGCUCGUCAAGCGCUUUUCGAGAAGCAGGUUGAGAUCACUAAGAAACAUCGUGGGGAUGCGAAUGUUAGAUACGCGUGGCUUCCUGCAAAGAGGGAAGUUCUAUCUGCGAUUAUGCUCCAGGGACUCGGAGUUGGUGGAGCAUUUAUUAGAAAGUCCAUCUACGGUGUUGGGAUUCACUUAACUGCAUCACACUGCCCUUAUUUCAGUGCAAGGUACUGUGAUAGUGACGAAAACGGAGUACGGUACAUGAUUUUCUGCCGUGUGAUAAUGGGGAACAUGGAGCUUCUUCGUGGUGACAAAGCGCAGUUUUUCUCUGGUGGAGAAGAGUAUGACAAUGGAGUGGACGAUGUCGAGAAUCCAAAGAAUUACGUUGUGUGGAACAUCAAUAUGAACACCCAUAUAUUACCGGAAUUUGUUGUUAGGUUCAAGCUGUCUAAUCUCCCAAAUGCUGAAGGUAAUUUGGUUGCUAAGCAUGAUAACAGCUCGGGGGUCACUUUGGAAGGACCCAAGGAUCAUCUUCCUCCUCCACAGUUAGAGUCAAACGGACCAGAAGGUGGUUCAGGGAGCGCAAACAGUGUCGGCUCGAGCACUACAAAGCCUAAAUCUCCAUGGAUGCCGUUUCCUACUCUGUUUGCAGCAAUCUCACAUAAGAUUGCGGAGAAGGACAUGUCUUUCAUCAAUGCUGAUUACCAACAACUGAGGGAGAAGAAGAUAACGAGAGCGGAGUUUGUGAGGAAACUGCGGGCUAUCGUAGGAGAUGAUCUGCUUAGGUCCACCAUUACAGCUCUUCAAAACCAGGCAAGUUUACCAAAGUUGAAGAAGGAGAUUCCUGGAAGCAUGAUGAGAGACGAUGAAGGUGCAGGUGGGUUGUAA